AUGAACGCCCCGGAGUCCGACGACGACGAGUACGAGGUCGUCGGCUACGCCGGGGCGCGGAGCGAGGUCCCGGAGACGCUCAGAGAGGAUGGGCGGCGACGAAAUCCGUCGACGAAUGCGUCGAGUGCGAUUCCGCUCGUCGACGCACGCGCGCCGACGAGCGCGCGAAAGGCGCCGAAGGGGUUCGAUUGGGACGACGCCGAGAGCGACGAUGACGUUCCAGAAGGGCUGACGACGGUUGGGGAGGACGCGGAGGGGGUCGGGGUCGGGCGCGGGACGGCGACGCCGCCGGGCGCGUCGACGCCGUCGACGCCGACGACGCCGCGACGAAGUCCGAGAUUAGCGGAACGGAGCUCGGUCGGUGCAGCGGUCGGUGAGAACGGUGGGACGCCGUCGCCGAGGACGGCGGCGCGCAGGGCGCGAGACGCGGCGAUCGUGGCGGAGGCGCUCGGCGUGAGCGCGGACAAAGCGCGGGCGGCGGCGCGAGCGAUACGGGGCGGCGAGGCCGGGAUGGCUGGGACUAAGACGAAGGCGAAGACGAAGGGAACGAAACGAGCGGCGCCCGGGACGAAGGCGAGAGGGCGAGCGGAGUCGUCGCCGAAGCGCGCGGCGAAACGCAGCAAGGCACCGCCGGCGAGAGCGAGCGGCGGCGUGCUCGGAAGAUUGACGCUCCUGACGCAGGGCGUUUCUAGGCCGACGGCGGCACCGGGUGGGGCGAGUUCAAGCGCGCCGACGCCGAGCGCGCCGGCACUGAGCGCGCGACCGUCAGUGCCGACGCGUGCAGACGUCGAACAGCCUAUGGAGGACGACAUCGACGACGACGUGGAUAUCGACGACGGAGGCGCGAGCGACGUCGAGGACGAGAUCCCCUUAACGGUGGCGGGAGCAGAGCACGACGAAAACGCGGGUGGGCUCGGGGCUUUAUCAAGAUUGCCCAAAAUGUCAUCGCCCACGUUCGUGCCUCGAUCGAGCGUCGGCGGAUCUGUGUCUCAGCGCGUCCGCGCGCGAGACGGCGGACUCCUGACGACUCGCUUCCAACGGGUGAUGCAAAACGCGAAAAUGGUGCACGCGCAGUUUCUCAAGCGCGUCGCGUCAAAUCAGCUCCCGUCCUCAAGAGGCGCUUUGAUGUUCACUGUGAACAACGCGCGUUUGGACGCAUCUCUCACCAACUGCGCUGGAUCAGUGUGCGAUUUGCACCGCGCCACGAGCGAUGAUUACGCCGAGAGUGACAUCGAACACUCGCGCGCAAUCGUCAUCUUCAACUCCACUCAGGCACAAGAGCUGAGCCUCGAGCGCGGACGCAGGGUCGCCAUAUACCCACCCUGGCGCGAGAUCGACCUUCCUGGCCGCGUCGACGCUUCGACGUCCAACGUCGAUGAAAACGUCCCCCGAGUCAUCCUUUGCGCCCAAAAUGUCCUCAGACUGGAUUAA